AUGCUUUGCUACAGGAAGUGACGGAAGCUGGGUGGACUAAAGAGGCUCUUCUAUCUUUUCCUCUCCACGCGGUUGACCAGCUCGGUUGGUUUACGGAGGUUGUGCUGAGUGAUGCCGGGAAAACUCCUUAGUGACGCCACUUUGGAAUCAGAGAAGACCAUGGGAAAACUGGAGAUAUCGCGAAAGCAAAAUGAGAAGAAAGCUAAGAAAGAGAAGCCAAAAUCUAAUAAGACUGAAGAGCCAGCAGAAGAAAAGGAGGAAACUAUUUCUCCCAAAGCUAAAAAAAUUAAAAAGAAAGCAGAGCCUUCUGAAGUUGAGAUUGAUUCUCCUAAGUCCAAAAAGGUAAAAAAGAUGGAGGAGCCGCCUCAAGAUGGCACUACUUCUCUUAAAACCAAGAAUGUGAAAAAGAAAAAGGAACCUGUUGAAAAUCAAGUUGUUUCUCCUAAAAUCAAAAAAGCAGUAAAAAAUGAGGAGCCUUCUGAAGAAGAAACAGGUGCUCCUGAGCCCAAGAAGAUGAAGAAAGAAAUGGGAAUGAAUGGAGAAAUUGGAGAGAAAAAGCCCAAACUGAAGAAUGGACUCCCUCAUUCUGGACCUGCCUCUAACUGCAAUGAAGCCAUAAGUGAAGAAAGUAACAGUGAGGUAGAACAGGAAAUACCAGUGGAAGAAAAAGAAGGAGCAUUUUCUAAUUUUCCCAUUUCUGAAGUGACUGUUAAACUUCUCAAAGCCCGUGGGGUGAACUUCCUGUUUCCUAUACAAGCAAAGACGUUUCAUCAUGUCUAUAGUGGGAAGGAUUUAAUUGCGCAGGCACGGACAGGAACUGGGAAAACAUUCUCCUUUGCCAUCCCCUUGAUUGAGAAACUUCAGGGAGAACUACAAGACAAGAAGAGAGGCCGUCCCCCUCAGGUACUGGUUCUUGCACCUACAAGGGAGUUGGCAAACCAAGUAAGCAAAGACUUCAGAGACAUCACAAAAAAGCUGGCAGUGGCUUGUUUUUAUGGUGGAACGCCCUAUGGAGGUCAAUUUGACAACAUGCGGAAUGGGAUUGACAUCCUGGUUGGGACGCCAGGUCGUAUCAAAGAUCACCUACAGAGUGGCAAGCUAGACCUCACCAAACUUAAGCAUGUUGUCCUGGAUGAAGUUGACCAGAUGUUGGACAUGGGUUUUGCUGAUCAAGUGGAAGAGAUUUUAAGUGUGGCAUACAAGAAAGAUUCAGAAGACAAUCCCCAAACUUUGCUUUUUUCUGCAACUUGCCCUCAUUGGGUAUAUAAUGUUGCUAAGAAAUACAUGAAAUCUACAUACGAGCAGGUGGAUCUGAUUGGUAAAAAGACUCAGAAAACUGCAAUAACUGUGGAGCAUCUGGCUAUCAAGUGCCACUGGACUCACAGGGCAGCAGUCAUUGGGGACGUGAUCCGAGUGUAUAGUGGUUAUCACGGGCGCACGAUCGUCUUCUGUGAAACCAAGAAAGAAGCCCAGGAGCUGUCACAGAACGCGUCCAUAAAGCAGGAUGCCCAGUCCUUACACGGAGACAUUCCACAGAAGCAAAGGGAAAUCACCCUGAAAGGUUUUAGAAAUGGUGAUUUUGGUGUUUUGGUGGCAACCAAUGUCGCUGCACGUGGGUUAGAUAUCCCUGAGGUUGAUCUGGUAGUACAAAGCUCACCACCAAAGGAUGUAGAGUCCUACAUUCAUCGUUCUGGGCGAACGGGCAGAGCUGGAAGGACAGGUGUCUGCAUCUGCUUUUAUCAGUACAAGGAAGAAUAUCAGUUGGCACAAGUGGAGCAAAAAGCGGGAAUUAAAUUUAAACGAAUAGGUGUACCUUCUGCAACAGAAAUAGUAAAAGCUUCCAGCAAAGAUGCCAUCAGGUAUUUGGAUUCUGUGCCUCCCACUGCCAUUAGUCACUUCAAGCAGUCAGCUGAGAAACUGAUAGAGGAGAAGGGAGCCGUGGAGGCCCUGGCAGCAGCGCUGGCCCACAUUUCAGGUGCCACAGCAGUAGACCAGCGCUCCUUGAUCAACUUGGAUGUGGGCUUUGUGACCAUGAUCUUGAAGUGCUCAAUUGAAAUGUCAAACAUUAGCUAUGCUUGGAAAGAGCUUAAAGAGCAGCUGGGUGAAGAUAUUGAUUCCAAAAUAAAGGGAAUGGUCUUCCUCAAAGGAAAGCUGGGUGUUUGCUUUGAUGUCCCUACUGCAGCAGUAACAGAAAUACAGGAAAAAUGGCAUGACUCACGGCGCUGGCAGCUCUCUGUAGCCACCGAGCAACCAGAGCUGGAAGGACCACGGGAAGGAUAUCGCGGUUCCAGGGGGCCGAGGGAAGGCAAUCGAGGUUUCAGGGGGCAGCGGGAAGGAAGCAGAGGAGGCUUCAGGGGACGGCGGGAAGGAAGCAGAGGAGGCUUCAGGGGACAGCGAUCAGGAGGUGGCAACAGAAAUAACAGAUUCCAAAACAAAGGCCAGAAGCGGAGUUUUAAUAAAGCAUUCGGUCAGUAAUUGGAAGUAGAGGAUUUAUAUGACGAAGGAGAACUAUACUUGGCAACAUGGAACUGAACUGGUGUUUUUCAUGCACAGUUAAAAGCACAUUGUGCUUCCUUUCUACCGCUUGUCCAGUCCCGGUCUCCUCCAGGGAGACAGGCUUCACCUAGGUUAUUUCGUCUGAUCAUUAUCAUUUGUAACUUUAUUGCUACGUCUGUAUCAGGUUAUCCUUUUGAAAAGGUGUAUAAAUUCGUUACAUUUUUGUUCUAAUGGAUUGUAGAUUAUAAGAUAAAGUUAAGCAUGUAUCUGCCUGUACUUUGUAAGUUGGCCUGUCUUUAUACUCAAAAGUGUCUCUUCAUAGUGUCCUUCUCUAAAGUAAAUACCUAAGGGGAAUGCAGUGAUCUUGGAAGACCCACUGUGAGCAAUCAGAGGUUUUUUCUGUAAUUGGCAUUCCUAGGCCACAUGCCAAAAAAUUACUCAUGUAGUCCUAUAAUAUGUCUUCUGAGAAUUAAUACUGAGCAAUGUUUUGAAGCAAGAUUUCAAACUUAGCUGGGUUUGUAAUACAGUUUAUGCCAGGGUAUGCUUUAGAGUUGGCGAAUGGGAACACAUGGAAGGGAGACAAUACAUAGAUUUGCCAUCGUUUUUAUGUGCAUUUUGAUACAAUUGAAGCUUUUCAGUCUAAAGUUAUUCAUGCUACUUCAGUGAAUUCUUACUUCACAUACAUAUAUAAAGAUGUACAUUUUAAUAGAAAGCAAGUGUCUUUAAGGAACUUCAGAUGUUUGAGAUGGCUCCAGAACUUUCUUUGUAAGUAAGGAGGCCAGAUAACUGGUGCUUGAAUGAUGAUGUACUCCACUUCUUCCUAUUGGAAGACUGACAUUAUUUACCAAGAAGGAAUUAAGGGAGGAGGGGGCACAGAUGUGCAUUGCAGGUGAGUAUGUCAAAAAGUCCACUGAAAAUAUUUUUCACAUGCAGGAAGGAAACUAAUACAUAACUGUUUAGAUUUGAAAAAAGAAGUGAAAAUGCAUGAUAAGGCAUUCUUUUAAUAGUGAAUACUUAAUGGAGCAUUGUUUUUAAGGUUAACUUAUAGUGAGCACACUGGGGUUUUUAGGUGUAAUGAUCCAAUGUAGUUUCUGAAAGGGCUGGUUCCUAUACCGACAGUAUAGGAUCAUUAAACUGCUAGUCUAUUGAAAAGUUUUAGGACUUCCUUUUAAGACUAACCAUGUGGUUAUUUUCGAGUUGUUGGUAUGAGGGAACUGCAGCACUUAAUGUAGUCCCCGGCCAGUAACUCUUGGCUUUGUUCCCAGAUAGUCUUUCUUGAGAAACUCUCUGUUUCCAUGGUCCAGGAGCUUAAAGAGUGGCAUAGUAUUUUCCCCCUUUAAUUUCUAGAAAUUCAGUACUGGGAGUCUCAGGGAACAAGACAUAAUAGGAGAAUUAUUUUGAACAAAUCAAAAACAAGUAAAAUCUUUUUAGGUUCUUAACUUCUGUCACUUAGUCCAAUCUUUGUAUCUAACUCCCUCUUACUUGAUCACAGUAAGGGGCUCUGAUAGCCAGCUAGACUCUUGAUCCUUUGAGGAAACAUCCUUUUUUUAUUUGAACUUCAUUUCUAUCCUUGAAUCUUGACUGCUUAUUUUUGGCAGUCUAUUCUCAAAUUCUGUUGUCCCUUAUUCCUUGGUCUACUUGUCCGUUUUAUUAUUUCUACCCCUGUCGCUCCUGGUCCCCCAUUAAGUGAGGGAAGGUGUUUGAUCCCUAGCACAUGUGCCUUGUGAAUUGUGAUUCAUUAGAUUCUUUUUUUAUCCAAAUAUUGGGCAUGCUUUAUUAAUAACCAAAGCAUUUCAUGAUUUGAAUAGGGAUGAGUGCUUUUUCAAGCAGGUUUGAAAGGCCUGGUACCUGCCUAUAGGAAUGAACAGCUAAAACCUUGUUGUGGUUUAGCCUAAAGGAAAAAAAAUCGGACAUAAAUCGAGGAUAAGAAGGAAAAUCUCUAGGGAUUUCACUUUAUACACCUUAAUUUUAAGAAAAAUGUUGUGGCUGUUGGAAUAAGUGAAGUUUCUCCUGGAUCCCAGAACUCAAACCAUAUUUAUAAAUGUAUGAUUCAGCAACUCUUUGGCUUAAAUGGGCUUGGGCUAGUCUGGGAAAUGUUAUCACUUUUACUGUUUUCUGUAGAGCGAAUAUUUUCCAGUUUAUGUAUCAAACAACCCAAUGGACUUUUAAAAUAGAACCCAUUUUCAAGUUGGAGCUAUCUGUACUGUUCCCUCUCUACAGUUGUACAUAAAAUGCAAUGUCUUUACUGUAAAAUUGAGUUAACAUAUAGGAUACAGGUUUAUGCCAUAAUAAAGCAAUUAGUACUAUUUA